AUGGCACUGCACCAGUUCUUCACCUUGGCUUUUGCGCUUCAUCUGGAGCCAUUGCCCACGCUCGAUUACGCCACCGUGCCCUACGUUCAAGAUACCGAGCACAGCACAGGCUCGCUCCAGGAGACGGACAAACUUCGCGUAGGUGCCAACACAAAGCUGGAUCCAAUACACACCCGCCAUCUUCCGCACAAUGUAGACACGCUCUCCUUUCUACUCAACCACACUCGUGCCAUCGAAGCUGUACAGCCUUUCUCAAAGCUCAUCUCCCUCCUCGAAGAAGCCGACGACGAUCCCGAGUUUCGUAAUCUGCGCGACUUUUUCGACUCUCGAUACGAUCCAAAUGGCUCGCUAAUAGGGGCCGACAAGGACAAGGAUCCUCACCGGCGCAUUCGCAGUCUAUCGCGCGCCGCUUCCACAAAGCAACCAGACCGACGCUCGAGUCAUGCCACUCAAACCCGCAAGUCUUCCUUCGCCGCCAGCCUCGGAGGAACAAGCGCUCUCAAGCUCAAUUGGCUAAAGCGUAACACCCACACAGACUCGCACACUCACGACGCCUCCGACGAUGACGACACCCACUCUAGAGUCUCCAGCGGCGGCCACAGUUCCAGUCCGGCUCCUCCCUCUGCUCCCUACAUCCGCCUUUCCAGACAUCCACAGUCUUAUUCACCAUCCGGCACUCCCGCCUCGUCUUCUCAACAUCGUCACUCGGAUCACGAUUCCAGCACCACCGUCACCUUUCCCAUCCGACUCGACUUGCAUACCGUCGGUCUUGCACCGCCGCCUCCAAAGUUGCGCUCAAAUCGUCAACCAGAGUCGUCUGGCGCAGCCCUCCAGCGCAUCGGCUCCGGAAGAUCUGCCAACUCAUCCGACUGGAGGCGGCGCAGAGCCAGCAAAUCCAGCUUGACCAGCGGAGGCGCUGCUUUGGGACGGAUUGCAAGUCCCGACAGUAUGGCCUCGUUUGGUGCCGUCUCGGCCAUCGCAAACGGCGAUUCCGAUUUUCAACAUGCAGCCCAUUCAGGCUUUAGCAUCGAUACGAGUGCCCUCUCUGAGCCCAGUGCGAUGCACAAGUCCAAGCUCACCCCUUCAUCUGAAAAUCCUGCCCACGCUGCUAAUGCAGAUUCUCAGCUGUCCAGCAUCUCGGAAGGCACUGUGCCUACAUCCGACCAGCUCACAUCUCCGACAUCGGCCAAGCCCACUCGACGUCCCUCAAUGAUGUCGAAAUUGCUCGAUUUUGGUCGCAAAAAGUCUUUCCUCGAUCGUCUCACCUCAGAUUCACACGACGCUCGCUCGGCUUCUCCAGCACCGUCUCACCGAGAUGAUCUAUCGGAUUCGCAAGCCGCUCCGAAUGCUUCCGGCUCUCGCACCGAAUUCCGUUCGGCGCUGAAUCGCCAUCCUGACCAUGCUACUUUCGGCAACGACGAGGCGCUCGAGCUCGACGAGGAGGACGACGAAGGUGUCUUGCAUGCGCAAAUGAUGCGCCAGGCCACUGACAGAAACAGUGCCGAAGCCCGGCGAGCCAGCUCGGGUGGAAGCUCUGGCAAGAGACACAAACUCGGACCUGUCCAAGAGGACGGUCUGCUCGACCUCACUAUGGUAUCUUCACGCUCCAGCGUCGGCACUUCCUACUCUGAGCACAACGUUCCCCGAGAGUCCCUCGCAGGCAAUGCUUCGGCAGCUGAUGCAAGCGCCUCAAAACGCCAGCCACCAACUGCCCUGGACGGCGCAGACUUUUUGUCGCUCUUUCGGGCCGCCUCAUGCCUUGGUCUGAGCUCCAUCCAGGACUCGAUCGAUGAUGUCGGCGAGGACAGCGCCCAUGUCACCACUCCUAGUCAGGAGAGCAAAGACCCUCACGUCACCGACACCGGCAGCACGAACACGCCUUCGACCCGAACACCACAAAUUCGUCCCAAGAUCAGCUCCUUGCCUACAACUCCUGGCAGAUCGAUUCGCUCGAUAGAUCUCGAGCGCUCACCCAACCCUCACACGGCGAACAGCAACCCCAUCGAUGCAAGUUUCAAGUUGGGGGCAUCUCUCGCACAAAAGAAUGCCGAGGAGCAGGAAGCCUGGUGGCCAUGUGGCGAAGUCGAUCCUUUGCCCAUCACUCUCGCCAGUGCGCUCGGCGAGGCUUUGGGCUGGGAGGGCAUCAUGCAUCUCUGCUACGGCAGAGGCAGUCGAGCCGAGGCUGAAGGCAACUAUGCUGCGCUAGGUAAGGCUGCUGCUCUCGAUCAAGCCAACAAGAUGCAAGAAAGGACGGUGCAGGCAUGGAGGACAGGCGUGGCCAGCGCGGGAACAUCGCCGCCCAAGAAGAAUGAGAACUUGCCGUCGCUGCUCGAGAUGGGUGGACCUGAUACUGCAAGCCUGGCCGGUGAGCUGGCGCAGAAGCUUAAUUUGGAUCCGGCCGAUCCGCUCCACGUGCCCAGCAAUGCCUCGGCGCUCGAACAUCUGCACGGCAAAGCGCCGCAGCGCUCUUCCACCGUUCCUCCAACAGCAGGAACAGAAGACGCCAUUCCGAGCAACGGCGCUGCGGACGCAGGCGCAGGCUGGACUCCCGGUUCCUUGCUCUUUGGCAGCAGACUCAAUCAUUCGAGGACCUGGCAGCAUUGGCAAGCUCUGUUCAAGAGCAUCAAGGGCUGGGUUGACGAGUACGAAAAGGCGAGGGUGCGCGGCGGUCUCGCUCGCGAGAUCGGUCUGGAUCCAAACAUCCUGCAGGGCGCCUCGAAUCAAGGUCCGGACGAAAGUGAGGGCAACAUCACCAUCUCAGCUCCUCUCCACAUCGAUUCGACCAGCCCGGACACGCAGGUGCCUUUGACGGUCGGAUCACCUCCCUCCGCAUCCACCGAGGUACUGAAAGUGGCGCGGGACAAAGUGGAUGUCACGAUGCUGUCCAAAGUUCUCGGCACGUCGCUUAGCAUUUCGCCGUGCGUGCUAGCAGAUGCGACCAAUCGAGCACACGGCUUCCGACGUCGAGCUGGCAUUCCAGAGGGCCUCCCGCUGGGCCCCGAGAACGAAGAGACGAUCGACUACACGUGGUCCCGCAAGAGGCUCUCCGUUGAGCAUUUCGCCACGGCUCUGACCAUCAGCUGCGACAGCGCCCUGCAUUACUUCGGCCAGCUGAGUACAAGCAAGUGGCUGUAUCGAUCGGCAUGGGAGCUUGAUUACCUGGAGAUGUGCGUCUUCAAGUCUCCCUUGGUUGCUGACCGGUUCCCGCCACCCGGUGAAGCGGUGGUACCUGUCUCGCAGUCGUAUCGACCCGCUCCCGGCGCACAGGAUCGUUCUCGAACCUGCCCGAACCCGGACGAAGCAGGUGCGUGGGAUGCUGACAAUUGGAAACGGUGGCUUGCGUCGAUUCGUGAAGGCGAUAUCAUCGUUCCGGCGAUAGCAUGGCAGGCUUGGUGGACGCUCAUCUCGGUCCUGAAUGGCGCAGAUCGGACGGGGAGGAGCUACGACUUGCAGGUCAAGUCGUUGGAGGAACCGUUUGAUGCCUUGAACGAUUUGAGUGCUGUCUAUCUUUAG